AUGGCGUCUUCUGCCCCUCCAAGAUUUUGUACCGACUACGCUAAACGAGUGGCAAAAUGCCAAAAAUGUAAAAUGCAAUUGGAAAAAGGGGUUCUCAGAAUGGGAAAGAUCAUGCCGAACUUCUUCGUGGCUGCAAAAGAUCCAAGCAAGCCACCACCAGAUAUGAAACAAUAUUUUCAUACAAAUUGCUUGUUCGAAAUGCUUUUCAAAGCAAGACCAACCACAAAAGUCAUCGAUGAAACCGACGAAAUCGAAGGAUUCGAGGAUUUGAAUGCCGAGGACCAGGAUGAAAUUAAGAAGUUAGUAGAUGAACUAGCAGAAAAAAGAAGUAAAGAUGGACCAGCUGAACCAAAGAAAACUCCAGCGAAGAAGAAAACUGAAGAGAAGGAGGAAAAAGGCGACGUUGAAGCAACACCAUCAAGAAAGAGAAAAAAUGAAGAAACAUUAAAGAGUAAGCGACCAACGGAAUUUAAUGAAGAAUCGGAUUUCAAUUCGUUCUAUAAGUUCGUCAAGGUCUGUUCAGUUUUGAAGGAAAUCUCAGUGAAAUCGGAAAAAUCUGCAGUAAUAACCUCGCUUCUUCAGAAAAAAAACUUCGAUGGUGACUUGAUGCUCUGGCUCACUUUCCUCAUUCGUGAAUCUGAUCAAAGAAGCUACAAUAUCACCGACGAAAAGCUCAUCCAAUAUUUUGCAAAGAUCCUCGACAUGGGAGAAUCGAAAAUUCAAAAGUACGUCACAAAAAGUAACGACAUUGCAUUGUCGAUUUCACAUGCACACGAGAAGAAAGUAACAAAUGAGAAAGGAAAAUGGAGUCUCCAAAAACUUGACCGUUAUCUCGAAAAGCUUUCUAAAAUUGAAGAUGAUGAUGCUAUUUUGAGCCAUUUGAAGUUUGCUGCGAAACGAAUGCGUCACGAUGAACUGGAUAUUCUCAUUCGAUUGAUUCGCAAAGAGUUGGAUACGGAUGCAGAUGCUUCAAUUAUUCUCAAAGGAGUUCAUCCGAAAGCUCCAGAAAUUUUCCAAUCAAAUGGAUUGGACAGCGUUAUUGAAAAAUAUUACAACAACGAUUUCGAAAAAUCGGCUCAACAGAAGACUAGCAGCUCGAAGAACAAGGUUGCAGAGCCAAGUUUCAAAAAAUCGAAAAGACAAGAAGAGUCUGAUGAUGAGGAGAGCGAUGUCGAAAUGUCCAAUUCGGAAUCCGAAGGAGAUCAAGAUUCAGAUAGUGGAUCGGACAAUGAAGAAGAAAUCAGCGGAUCUGAUUCUGACGACGUGUCGGAAAUUUCAUCAGAUGAUGAAGAGGAAUCGUCUUUCAAAGAGAAUUCUCCGAAAAAAGUAGCCAGAGGCACUAGAACUCGUCCACGUGGAAACGAUGGAAACAUCAUUCAAAAAGAAGAGUGUCCACCAGAUAUGGAAGCUUGUCGCUACGGAGAAAAGUGCUAUCGCAAAAACAAGGACCAUCUUGAUUCAUUCUGGCAUCCAGCUCAUUGAUCAUAUCCAUUAGUUCAGACGUUCUCAAUAUUCUCACAUUUUCAACUGAUUUCGCGAUUAUCCUGACAUUAUUUCACUUUGUGUGGAAUCAAAUUGUAUUAUGUUUUUUUUGCAAAAUAAAUGUUUUUCCUUGAU